CAUUUUUUUUUUAUUUUUUUUUUUUUUUCAUUGAAAUUUUUCAUGAUUACGAUAAAAAUCAGAAAGUAUCAUGCACGUCAUGAGAAUAACAAUGAGAUAGAGAACGUAAUAAUUAUUAAGAAUAAAUUAAAUAAAAUGAGUCAUGUGAUCGUGAUCGUGAAAGAAAUAUUGUAUAAGUAGUGUAGAGUGAUUGAAUCUAGGCCAAAAAAAAAAGAAAAGAAAAGAAAAAUUCGGUGUAAUUACAUUUCGAAGAAAUAAUUCGUAGUGAUUUGACAAUCAUCAUUGAGUCGGAAAGUUCGUCAUUGCGUUCCGAUCUGGAGCCGGACUACGAUCCCGACGACGAGGACGCGAACGAUUCCUACAGCGAUUCCGUUCGCGAAUAUCCUCUUGAUUACUUCUGGACAAGUACCACCAGUUUUGUCGUGUUAAUGAGUAAUUCUUUCGAAGUUAUUUCGCUGCCGGCCGAUAUGCUGCAGCCGGCGAGCUAUGGAAAGAAAAGUAAUAAUUGGUACACGGCACCAACUAGCGGAGGUAGCAGAGGUGGAGUUAGUGGUAGCGGUGCAGGAGGAACUGGAGGUUGGCAAAGUAGACCAGGAGCAGUAGCUAGCCUAAGUAGAAAAGCUUCGAUCACUGAAGAAGCACCACCACCAGGAGGUGGUAAGCCUUCUUCAGGUCGUGUCAUCCGAAUUGUAAAUAACCAUGAUCAUACUGUUCAGUGCCGUGUUCUACUAAACCUUCGGACGUCUCAACCGUUCGAAGAAGUAUUAGAAGAUCUUGGUCAAGUUUUAAAAAUGAAUGGAGCUAAAAGGAUGUUCACUGUUUCGGGUCAAGAGGUAAGAAGUUUCUCGCAAUUGAGAAACGAAUUCGCCGAUAUAGAUACAUUUUAUUUGGGUACUGGCUCUAGUAUGGGUAUAUCUGGUGCUAUAACAGCCUCUCCAACUAGAAGAUCAAGAUCACGUGGACCACCUACUGUUGUGGAAGAUCUUGGACGCCAAAGACGUGCUCGAAGUAAAAGUAGACCUCGAUCACUCUAUGCUCCAGAUUCUGAAGUUGUUCGAAUUAAUGAUUACAGUGUCGUAGAAGUUUUAAGAGAUGAACCUGCUAGAGUAACGAUUAGAGGUUUAAGAAGAUCAUUUUAUCCUCCAACACGUUUGCCACCAGUUGACAACUCUCCACCAGAUAAAAAAUUACAAUUGGAAUGGGUCUAUGGUUACCGUGGUACAGACACUCGUAGAAAUUUAUGGGUUUUACCAAGUGGAGAAUUAUUAUAUUAUGUUGCUGCAGUUGCAGUUCUUUUUGAUAGAGAAGAAAAUGCACAAAGACAUUACAUUGGGCAUACAGAAGAUAUUACUUGCAUGGAAAUACAUCCUAGCAGAGAACUCGUAGCAUCUGGUCAAAGAGCUGGCAGGCAUCGAAAAGCUCAACCUCAUGUUCGUAUUUGGUCAACUGAAACUCUUCUAACUCUUUACGUUUUCGGAAUGACCGAAUUUCAAAUAGGAGUAUCAGCAUUAGCCUUUUCCCAAUUGAAUGGUGGCAGCUAUGUACUUGCUGUUGAUGCAGGAAGAGAAGCCAUUCUCUCAGUAUGGCAAUGGCAAUGGGGUCACUUAUUGGGUAAAGUUGCGACUAUGCAAGAAGAUUUAACAGGUGCAGCAUUUCAUCCAUUGGAUGAUAACUUAUUGAUAACGCAUGGACGUGGACAUUUAACGUUUUGGAAUCGACGGAAAGAUGGUUUCUUUGAACGGACUGACAUAAUUAAACCUCCAUCACGUACACACGUGACGAGUAUUCAAUUCGAACAAGACGGUGAUGUUAUUACGGCUGAUAGCGAUGGAUUUAUAACGGUAUAUUCGGUCGAUGCAGAUGGUGCUUACUUUGUUAGAAUGGAAUUUGAAGCUCAUAACAAAGGUAUUAGUUCUUUGGUAAUGUUGUCCGAAGGUACACUACUCUCCGGUGGUGAAAAAGAUCGCAAAAUUGCCGCUUGGGAUUCUUUACAAAAUUACAAACGUAUUACCGAUACGAAGUUACCGGAAUCUGCCGGAGGAGUUCGCAGUAUUUAUCCUCAACGUCCAGGAAGAAACGAUGGCAAUAUUUACGUUGGAACGACAAGAAAUAUAAUAUUAGAAGGAUCCUUGCAAAGAAGAUUCAAUCAAGUGGUUUUUGGACAUGGUAGACAAUUGUGGGGCCUUGCAGUGCAUCCAGAUGAUGAAGUUUUUGCCACGGCAGGUCAUGAUAAAAAUAUUGCACUUUGGCGAAGACAUAAAUUGUUAUGGACAACUCAAGUUGGCUUUGAAUGCAUUUGUAUAGCAUUUCAUCCAUUUGGUGUAGCCUUAGCUGCUGGUUCAUCUGAUGGACAUUUACUUGUAUUAGCGGCUGAUACUGGUGCUGCUGUAGCAACUCUCAGAGUUUGUGGAUCACCUUUAUCAUGUAUUGGAUAUAAUCCAACUGCUGAAAUUGUUGCGAUGGGCUCACAAAAUGGUAGCGUAUAUCUCUUCCGAGUAUCAAGAGAUGGUUUUUCUUACAAAAAAAGUAAUAAAAUACGUGGAACACAACCCUUGGUUCAACUCGAUUGGAGUUCUGAUAACAGAUUUUUACAAACGGUGACGCAGGACUAUGAUCUUGUUUUUUGGGAUGUAAAAGCACUUUCAUCUGAAAAAAGCCCAUUAGUUAUGAAAGAUGUUAAAUGGCAUACUUACAAUUGUACAGUAGGAUACAUGGUCUCAGGUAUGUGGAAUAAUCGUUAUUACCCAUUGACAACGGUUUUAACCACAGCCAGUAGAUCAGCCGCGCAUGAUAUGCUUGUGAGCGGAGAUGCCGAAGGUUAUUUAAGACUUUUUAGAUAUCCGUGUACCAGCGCAAAAGCGGAAUACGUUGAAGAAAAAGUGUACAGCUCGUUGGUAGCUUGUGCUAGAUUUUUGUACAAUGAUCGAAAUAUUGUUACCGUUGGUGGAACCGAUGCUGCCCUUAUGCUUUGGGAAUUAGUCGAUGAAUAAUAAGGAAAUACACAAUAUAUAAUUAGAG